GCGAAAGUCUCGUUCUUUUUCCGUUCUCUUCCGUUCUCUCCCCUGUGAGUUUUUUUUGGGCAGGUGGGGAAUCCGAGGUGAGGACGCCAGAGCCGAACGCCCGUCGCCAUGCCUCGGAAAAUUGAGGAAAUCAAGGACUUUCUGCUCACGGCCCGACGGAAGGACGCCAAAUCCGUCAAGAUCAAGAAGAACAAGGAUAACGUGAAGUUCAAGGUCCGUUGCAGCAGGUACCUGUACACCCUGGUCAUCACAGACAAGGAGAAGGCCGAGAAGCUGAAGCAGUCCCUGCCCCCAGGUUUGGCAGUGAAGGAGCUGAAAUGAACCAGACCUCUGCAUAUGACUAUUAAAAACCCUGAAAAGCC